AUGCAUUCCUCAUUAAAUCGCUUACAGGCUGUCUUCGGCUUCUUUACCACCGUCGCCCUGGUGGUAGCAGCUGUAGCAGCCUUCUCUACGCUCCUCUUCCCAACAUCGGACACUACAGCCUCCGUGCAGCUAAAGAAUAUCCAAGUAACAAAGGGCCGCCCACACUACUAUUCCACCAAACGCUCCGAAUAUGCCCAGAUCCGCUUCGACUUAGACGCAGACCUCUCCCCCCUCUUCAACUGGAACACAAAGCAGCUCUUCGUUUACGUCUACGCUACCUACUCCUCCUCUGAUGAUUCUACUACCUCCCUUCCUGCCUCUGAGGCUAUCAUCUGGGAUAGUAUCAUCCCUGCGCCCGCAUCGCCGUAUUCAUGGGACAUUCUUAAGGAGAAGGCACUAGAUGCUCUUCCCACAGCUGUUGUCGCGAAGAUUUCUCCUUCAUCCGUGAAUAAGAAAGGGAAGCGCAUCACAAAGGGAACAGCCAAGAAUAAGAAGAGUUCUACUUCUAAGGCGAAGGCGGAGGAGAACCCAGGUGUUUUGCGGUUGAGGGGCCAGAAGGCCAAGUAUCAGAUUACCGAUGUUACUGGGCGAUUGGCUGAGAGGCAGAAUGCUACGCUUUCUGUUGGGUGGAAUGUUCAGCCUUGGGUUGGAGCUUUGUGGUGGAGUCCUGGUUCUGGGGCUGCGCUGCGCACAGAUGGCAAUGUUCUGACUAGCGAGGCCUUUGAUUUCCCUGAGUUGAAGGGGAAGAAGCCUGAGGCGCAGGCGGUUUGA